AGGACGCCGAAGCGCCGGGCGGUUUGGGGGCGCUGCUGCUGCAGCCGGCCCGUUCCUGCCUGAACCCCGAUCCGGGGCCGCUCCCGGCGGGGGGGGACCCCAACCCGCAGUGCUGCCGGCGGGGGCCGCCGCAGAGCCCUUCCCUGCGCCCCGCUGCAGAGCGCGCCCCUCCCGGGGCCGCCCCGCGCGCAGAGCCCGGCAGAGCGCCCGGGACAAUGGCCAUGGCUCGGGCCGGGGCCACGCCAGGUCCCACACGGCCGCCUCCUCUCUUCCCCCCGAAGUUCAGAACUUUGCCGACGUCAGGGGCUCGGCAGCCAAUGGGAGCUGGCCGGGAUAUUUUGGGAGGAGAGGGGGGCGGAGUGGCCCCCGUGGUUCUGGUGUCUGCCUGGCCGCCUUGCGCGCAGUGAAUGGGAAGGCGGCCGCCGCGGGAGCCGCGUCCAGUGUCUUCCGAUCCCGCGGCUCGGCACGGCUCGGCUCGGCACGGCGGGGCUGGCCUGGCAUGGGAGCGGCGAGGGUGCAGGAGGCAGGGACUGAGCAACUGGCCGCUGGAGCGCUCUGAGAUCUCCGCCAUCGCCUCCCCCAGCGGUUACCUGCCCUGCCAGGUUGGGCUGCCUGCCGAACUCCCCGAUGGAUGGUUAGCUCUGUUUACCUGAACUCCCUGCUCGCCUUUCAUCUGCGGACUCCUCUGGCUGGAGCGCUGCUAAACUCCUCGCCGGCUGGUGCCGGUCAGAUAACACCGGGAAACCUGAAAGGCACCACGGAACAUAACCUUUCCCCCCAGAUCUCCCUGGAAGAUUGGGUGGCGCUCCAGGAGCGCGAGCGGAGAUGCGAGGAGAAGUGGCCUCUCUCGGGCUGUGCUGAGAGCCCCUCGCAGCCCUUUGCACUCUCUGUCGCUGGGGUUUCCCACCUCUAAGGACUGGCUGCCCUUGCAUCCUUUUGCACCCUUCGGGGAAGGGAUAAGGAGACCAUGUUGCUCGGUGGGAGUCGUGCAUCCCUGUGGCUGGGAGUGAUCCUGAGCUUCUGGAGCUCUGUGGCUUGGAUGCCUGUUGGAGGAUGCCCCAAUAAAUGUACCUGCUCUGCCUCCAACGUGGAUUGUCAUGGGCUGGGACUGAAAACCGUGCCCCGGGGUAUUCCCAGGAAUGCAGAGAGACUGGACUUAGACAGAAAUAAUAUCUCAAGAAUCACCAAGAUGGACUUUACUGGGCUGAAGAAUCUUCGUGUCUUGCAUUUGGAAGAAAAUCAAAUCAGUAUGAUAGAGCGUGGAGCAUUUCAGGAUCUAAAGCAACUCGAACGGCUGCGUCUGAACAAGAAUAAAUUACAGGUUUUACCCGAGCUGCUUUUCCAGAACACGCUGAAGUUAACCAGAUUAGAUCUAAGUGAAAACCAAAUUCAAGGAAUCCCAAGGAAGGCCUUUCGAGGAAUUACUGAUGUGAAGAACUUGCAACUGGACAACAACCAGAUCAGCUGCAUUGAAGAUGGAGCCUUCAGAGCCCUGCGUGACUUGGAGAUUCUUACUCUCAACAAUAACAACAUCACCCGCAUCCCUCUUACCAGUUUCAACCAUAUGCCAAAGAUCAGGACUCUGCGGCUUCACUCCAAUUACCUGUAUUGUGACUGCCACUUGGCUUGGCUGUCUGACUGGCUGCGUCAGAGACGCUCGAUUGGGCAGUUCACAUUCUGCAUGGCACCCGUGCACCUAAGGGGUUUUAAUGUGGCGGAUGUUCAGAAAAAGGAAUACGUCUGCUCUGGUUCCCACUCUGAACCUCCAUCCUGCAAUGCUAAUUCCAUCACUUGCCCAUCCGCUUGCACAUGCAGCAACAACAUUGUGGACUGUCGAGGCAAGGGCUUAACAGAAAUUCCAUCUAACCUACCAGAGGGCAUUGUGGAAAUACGCUUGGAACAGAAUUCCAUCAAAACAGUUCCUCCUGGAGCUUUUUCCCAGUACAAGAAACUUAAGAGAAUAGACAUCAGCAAGAAUCAAAUAUCUGACAUUGCUCCUGAUGCAUUCCAUGGCUUGAAAUCUCUCACCUCGUUAGUGCUCUAUGGAAAUAAGAUCACCGAGAUUCCCAAAGGCCUUUUCGAUGGACUUGUCUCUCUGCAGUUGCUGCUUCUCAAUGCCAAUAAGAUCAACUGCCUCAGGGUAAACACGUUUCAAGAUCUGCAUAAUCUCAACCUGCUAUCUCUUUAUGACAACAAACUGCAGACCAUCAGCAAGGGGCUCUUUGCACCUCUCCAGUCGAUCCAGACUCUACAUUUAGCUCAGAAUCCAUUUGUGUGUGACUGCCAUUUGAAGUGGCUGGCUGAUUACCUGCAGGAUAAUCCGAUAGAAACCAGCGGCGCUCGAUGCAGCAGUCCACGUCGCCUUGCCAACAAACGAAUCAGCCAGAUCAAGAGCAAGAAGUUCCGCUGCUCAGGUUCAGAGGAUUACAGAAGUAAGUUCACCGGGGAGUGCUUCAUGGACCUUGUCUGUCCUGAAAAGUGUCGCUGCGAAGGAACAAUUGUAGACUGUUCCAAUCAAAAACUCACCCGCUUACCAAGUCACCUUCCUGAAUAUGCUACCGAUCUCCGUCUAAAUGACAAUGAUAUCUCAGUUCUAGAAGCUACUGGAGUCUUCAAGAAACUGCCCAGCCUAAGGAAAAUAAACCUGAAUAACAAUAAGAUCAAGGAGAUCCGAGAAGGUGCCUUUGAUGGGGCAAUAGGGGUGCAGGAACUGAUGCUGACAGGGAAUCAGCUGGAAUCUGUGCAAGGGCGAAUGUUUAGAGGCCUCACAGGACUCAAGACAAUGAUGCUGAGGAGCAACUUGAUCAGCUGUGUGAAUAAUGACACCUUCACAGGACUAAGCUCAGUAAGGUUGCUCUCUCUCUACGACAAUCGCAUCACCACCAUCACUCCCGGAGCUUUCAAUACACUUGUCUCUUUGUCCACGAUUAAUUUGCUGUCUAAUCCCUUUAAUUGUAAUUGCCACCUGGCAUGGCUGGGGAAAUGGCUGAGAAAAAGGAGAAUUGUUAGCGGAAAUCCACGUUGCCAGAAACCCUCUUUCUUAAAGGAGAUUCCGAUUCAAGAUGUGGCCAUACAGGACUUCACCUGUGAUGGUAAUGAUGAAAGCAGCUGUCUGCUCUCUCCUCGUUGUCCUGAUCAAUGUACUUGCGUGGACUCAGUAGUGCGUUGCAGUAACAAAGGGCUGCGCAUCCUGCCCAAAGGCAUUCCCAAGGAUGUGACUGAGCUAUAUCUGGAAGGAAACCAUUUAACAGCUGUGCCAAAGGAGCUGUCGACCUUCAGACACCUGACACUGAUUGACUUGAGCAACAACAGCAUCAGCAUAUUGGCUAAUUACACCUUCAUCAACAUGACUCAGCUAUCAACACUGAUCCUGAGCUACAACAGACUCCGGUGUAUUCCAACCCAUGCAUUUAAUGGACUCAAGUCUCUUCGAGUGCUGACUCUUCAUGGUAAUGAUAUUUCCAGUGUUCCCGAAGGUUCUUUUAAUGACCUUGUGUCCCUUUCACAUCUGGCUCUGGGUACCAACCCCUUGAACUGUGACUGCAGUCUGCGCUGGCUUUCGGAAUGGGUGAAGGCAGGGUACAAAGAGCCAGGGAUUGCACGCUGCAGUGGGCCAGAGGACAUGGCAGACAGACUGCUUCUCACAACACCAACCCAUCACUUCCAGUGCAAAGGACCAGUAGAUAUCAGCAUUGUGUCCAAGUGUAACCCUUGCCUUUCCAGUCCAUGUAAGAACAAUGGGACAUGCAACAAUGAUCCAGUGGAGUUUUAUCGAUGUACUUGUCCAUUCGGUUUCAAGGGUCGAGACUGCAAUAUGCCCAUUAAUGCCUGCAUUCAGAAUCCAUGCCAGAAUGGAGGGACCUGCCAUCUCACUGAGGCAAAUAAAGACGGAUUCAGCUGUUCUUGCCCUCUAGGGUAUGAGGGGGAGAGAUGUGAAAUAAACCCAGAUGACUGUGAAGAUAAUGAUUGUGAGAAUAACUCCACGUGCAUGGAUGGAAUCAACAACUAUGUCUGUCUCUGCCCUCCUAAUUACACAGGUGAGCUAUGUGAUGAGGUGAUCAACCACUGUGUUCCCGAGCUAAAUCCAUGCAAACAUGAGUCCAAAUGUAUCUCCCUUGAUAGAGGAUUCAGAUGCGAGUGCCUACCUGGCUACAGUGGCAAACACUGUGAAACUGACGAUGAUGAUUGUGUGAGCCACAAAUGUCGCCAUGGUGCAGUUUGCGUAGAUGCAGUCAAUGGCUACACCUGUGUCUGCCCCCAAGGGUUCAGUGGACUCUUCUGUGAAAAUCCCCCACCAAUGGUUCUGCUACAGACCAGCCCUUGUGACCACUAUGAAUGCCAGAAUGGGGCUCAAUGCAUUGUAGUGCACCAUGAACCAGUCUGCCGCUGCCUGGCUGGCUUCGCUGGCCAAAAGUGCGAGAAACUCAUCACCGUCAACUUUGUUGGGAAGGAUUCCUAUGUUGAGCUGCCAUCGGCCAAAAUCCGUCCCCAGGCAAACAUCUCCCUUCAGGUAGCGACGGAUAAAGACAAUGGCAUCUUAUUGUACAAAGGGGACAAUGACCCUUUGGCUUUGGAGUUGUACCAAGGACAUGUGAGGCUUAUCUAUGACGCACUGACCUCUCCACCCACCACAGUGUACAGUGUGGAAACAAUAAAUGAUGGACAGUUUCACAGUGUGGAGUUGGUUAUGCUGAACCAAACACUGAACUUGGUUGUGGAUAAAGGAACCCCCAAGAGUCUUGGCAAACUGCAGAAACAACCCACAGUCAGCAUCAAUACCCCACUCUACAUUGGAGGGAUCCCAACAUCUACUGGGCUAUCUUCAUUGCGCCAAGGCACAGAUAGGAUGUCAAAUGGCUUUCAUGGAUGUAUCCAUGACGUCCGCAUUAAUAACGAGCUGCAGGACUUUAAGGAUCUACCCCAGCAGUCAUUAGGAGUCCUUCCUGGCUGCAAAUCCUGUAACAUCUGCAAGCAUGGUAUCUGCCGGUCCAUAGAGAAGACAAGCGUUAUCUGUGAGUGUCACCCAGGCUGGACAGGCCCACUGUGUGACCAGGAAGUUGGAGACCCCUGCCUUACUAACAAGUGUAUCCAUGGUAAAUGCACGGCUGCCAACUUUGCUUACACAUGUAAGUGCUCAGAGGGUUAUAUGGGCAUGUACUGCGACAAGAAGAAUGACUCCUCAAACCCCUGCAGAAUUAUGAAAUGCAGCCAUGGGCAGUGUAAAAUUUCAGAACACGGGGAGCCAUACUGCGAAUGUGACCCUAACUAUAGCGGAGACCAUUGUGACAAAGAGAAUCUUUGCCAGGGGGAGAUUGUCCGAGAAGUGAUCCACAAGCAGCAUGGCUACAGCUCAUGUGUCACUGCCUCCAAAGUUCCCCAGAUGGAAUGUCGUGGCAGUUGCAGUAAUGGGCAGUGUUGCGUUCCCCUCCGGAGCAAAAGGCGGAAAUACAUCUUUCAGUGUGUGGAUGGAUCCUCCUUCAUGGAAGAACUGGAGAGGCAUGUGGAAUGCGGCUGCUCAAAAUGCUUAUAAGUCAUUCUCCAGUCUCUUGCCACUUUAAUCGACUCAGAAGUGCUCUCAAAAUGGGACUAUUUACUUUCAGCGUGAAGAAGAAGAAGAAAAGAAUAUUAAGUAUAUUGUAAAAUAAACAAAAAAUAGAACUUAUUUUUAUUAUGGAAAGUGAAUAUUUUCAUCUUUUAUUAUAUAAAGUAUCACACCAUUUCGGGUAUAUGUAUCAUAUAGUGAGUUAUUUUUACCAUAAAACUUUUUUAACAGUUGUUAAAAAAAUUUAAAAUGUUUUUAAAAAAUAAAGAAAUCAUAGCCUAACAAAAGGAGAAAUGGGGUAAGUUUAUAAGCAUGCACGAUGGCCAAAUGUGAAGAUAUUUCAAGGACCUGCCACAAAACGAUAGAUGCAGACUGAAAAAAAUAUUCUCCGAGGUUCUGGUGGGUACAAUAGGAAAGCACAUUCUCACAUCUGACAGCCAUCUCUUCUAUCUGUGCACCCUGAAAAAGUCUCCCUCUCGAUUCUUACCCUUGCCUAAUAAUGCUAGUUUGUGUUUGGUUCCUGUACAGUGGCUCAGCUUGAUACUCUUGAACCAGUUCCCCAAAAAGUACAUCGGUCUGGCAGUAGCCUAAGUCUGACAUUGACUCCAUUAUUCAAGUACUAUAAUAGUGUAAUGCAUUUUUGUUUUGUAUUUUGUAUUUUUAUCUGUCUUCCCAGUAUAUGCGUGAGUGACUGUAUCUCUUUAGCACGGACAACUCUAUCCAAAAGGAAGUGGGGGAGAGAAUGUGGUAAAGACAGAGUGGGAAGUUUUUGUCCAAAAAGGAAAAAAUAAGUGCUAAGUGACUCCAAUUAAGCAACAUACUAACUACUACUUACCCUUCCUGUGUUAUUUCCCAGGUUUAUGCCUCACUGCUCUCAGCCUUGAGUAUAUUAAAUGUGGGGAAUACACUACAAUGAAGUUUGGCAAACCUAGACGCUGCAGCUUUCAAAGUUCAUGUAUAAAUCCAUUUUAAAAGAGAGUGAAAAUAUCCCAAGAACCAGAAUGUCCCUUGCUGAUAUAAUGUACUUUAUUCCCACUUUCAGUUAUUUCAGCCAAAAUUUUACUGCUUGCCACAGUUGCCUAUUAAUACACACUCUGUGGUACAUGGCCAACAUGCUGCUUCUCCACCUGCUACUUCUCAAAAUUAGUGUAAGUUGCACUGUACGCAUGUGGAAUUCCUAUAGGUCUGCUGUCUGUCCCACCUUAACAGAGAUGUCAUCUGUUCUUAAGGAGACUCUUGAUAUUUCCAUAUAGUUUUGCUCUUGCUUUCUACUAUACAGAUUGACUGAUCCACGCUAAAAACGUUUUCACCUGCACUAUUGUAUAUUCUGCACUUGUUCCUCCUGCAGGACUCCCAUUGACUUUAACAGGAACUGUGUGUGCAGAAUGAAUUCUGAAUAUGCAGCAGAGAUCCAUGUAGAUGACAGAUUCUCAGUGCGAAUCUGAGAGGUGAUUUUUACCCUUAGGGUGUUGGGGGUUUUGCCAGGGUUACCUGUUAGGGACAGUCAUUACAUUACAGAAGCCUUGAAGUGUUCUAUUACCAUGAAUUUCAAACCUCCCUGUCAAUUACCGUUCCAUUGUUUCCUUAAGUAAUUUCUCUCUCUUUCUCCCUGCAAGGGUACUGAGUAUAGUGGUCCUUUCUUCAAUGAGUAUGUUUGUGAGAAACAGCUAAGACAGAGCUUACGCCCUGCAGUUUUGUCCUGAUCCAGUGCCCAUUGAAGUCAAUGGAAAGGAUCAGACCCUUUAAGAGCAGGGGCAGAAAGAGAGCUCAACAGUUUAAAAAAAAAAAGUAAAUAAUUAGUGCUUUUCCCUGAAUGAGGCUUUAAAGAAAAAAAAAAA